AUGUUCUAUUCUAUCACGAAACCAAUAUUGUAUACACGUUUUAUUUUAUCUAUUGUCAUAUACUUAUUUUGUCUCUCUGUUCAUAUCUAUCUAUCUAUCUAUCUAUCUAUCUAUCUAUCUAUCUAUCUAUCUAUCUAUCUAUCUGCGAGAGGCAUUGAAAAGUAUUUUUCUGUCCAUAUCUAUCUAUCUAUCUAUCUAUCUAUGUUCAUUAACUAUCUACAGGUCGACUCAAUCAAAAACAAACAAAUCUAUCUAUCUAUCUAUCUAUCUAUCUAUCUAUCUAUCUAUCUAUCUAUCUAUCUAUCAUUUCGUCUAAAUCUAUCUAUCUAUCUAUCUAUCUAUCUAUCUAUCACAGGCUAUAUCUAUCUAUCUAUCUAUCUAUCUAUCUAUCUAUCUAUCUAUCUAUUUACGAAGUCAUACAUUUAUUUCAUAUCUAUGUAUCUAUCUAUAUCAGCCUGUUCACAUCUAUCUAUGUCAGUCAGUUCAUAUCUAUCUAUCUAUCUAUCUAUCUCUGUUUAUAUCUAUCUAACUUGUUCUUUCUAUCUCCACACUCUCUAG